AUGCUAGAAUUCAUCUGCAACUUCUUCAAGUUGGACCAGCAGAGCAUCAUUCACAGCCUAUCUCCUCUGGUGCAUUUCUCCAUUCUAUUCGGAACCACCUGUCUACGCAUAGAAGAUAACGGACAAACCUGUUGCUAUAGAUUCUUCGACCUGCCCAGACUACUCAACUCUGUCUGGACAGUCUACUACAUCUACAACUGCUUCUCAAUCUGCGUAGCCACUGAUCAACCGACAACCUACUACUUGAGAUCACUCUGUUUCUCGGGAACCACCAUAGAAACCUUUCACAUCAUCCUCCCUUUUUUCAACGGGUUCUCCUUGGUCCGAGAAAUCAACGAAAUCGUGAAAUUCGACUCUCACAUCGAGUCACUAGUCCCCAAAGUUAAACCGUUCCACCAUAGUAGAUCUGGACUCUUGGGUGCGCUCUUACAAUGUUCCAUAGUUUGUGUCGUGUAUUCUGCGAUACUCUACGAUUACAUCCGGAUGAGAAGGAGGGUGAUAUUCAUGAUAUCUCUGUUUUUUAUUAAUAUGCAUAAUUUGGAUGUUAGCACGUGGUUUCUGGUGAUGAGUCAUGAGCUGUACAGACGGUUCCAGUGGCUGAAAGUUGAGAUAGUUGAGACAGUGAGCAGGUUGGAGUCUGGGCUGUGUGAGCGCGAGAGAGAUGGAAAGUCGAGGGAUAAUGUUGAGGAAAAGAAUGAGAGGUUCAUCGAAUCAAAUCUAUCAGAAGACGAGAUUCUACUGGAGAAUCUCCGUCUUUGCUACUCGAGACUGCUCUCGAUCUCAAACGAUGUCGUCUCCACUUUUGGGUUCGGCAUGUUCAUAACAAUCUAUCAGAUUUUCAUCACGACUGUUUUCAACGACUUCUACACGUACAUGUAUUUGGUGAGGGAACUGAAUGCUGGGUUCAUUCUGGCUGUUGGUCACAAACUGCUCAUUGUCUGGAUUUCUGUUUACUUCUCUGAGAAGUUGAUGGAUGAGAGCAACGCAAUCCUGGGACACCUUGAGUUGGUGAGGAUAUCCCGCCUAUCUAAAUUUGCACGUCUUCAAGUGGAAAUCCUUCAGGCUCAAGUAAACGCAAAACCACUUGUGGUGCAUAUUUGUAACAUGUUCGUACUCAACAGAUUCUUCUAUGCAGCAAUGUUGUCAACUAUGUUAACAUGGAUAAUAGUGAUGAUGCAGAUGAUUUCCACCAUUACAACGGGUGGAGCAGAUAAGGGAGCUUUGCCCCGCCAUCUUUGAAAUAAAACCAGCAAUUAUCUUUCAG